CCAUACGAAAAUAAAUUCGCCCCAAUCACUGCUUAAUGGGCUUCAUCAUCCCUGGAGAAUUGGAUCAAUAGACUUCAUUAUAUGCGGAGAAUAUCAUCGAGUUCAAUCCGUGAUCUGUAGCAUCCUAAAUCAACAGAAAAUGGCAUUUCGGAAAAAUAAACCAAAAUCUGUGAUGGUACCCAUUUGCAAUAUGCCAAAAAGGGAUGAGGAAGAAAUCCGCACAAAUCGAUCCUUAAUGGACUUAAUCAUCGUUGAAGAAUAGCCUCAGGCCGAAUCCGUGAUCAGUAGCCUUCAUAAUCCAUGGAAAAUGGCAUUUCAAAAAAAAUUCCCCCAAGAAAUUACGAUAAUGUCAUCCGAAAAUAAAUUCGCCCAAAUCGAUGCUUAAUGGGCUUCACCAUCCUUGGAGAAUUGGAUCAAUAGACUUCAUUAUAUGUGGAGAAUAGCCUCGGGCUGAAUCCGUGAUAUGUAGCCUCUAAAAUAUAAAGAAAAUGGCCUUUCGGAAAAAUCGCCUGAAAACUGUGUUGGUACCCCUUUGCAAUCUGCCAAAAAUGGACCCGAAAGAAUCCGUCAAAAUCAAUAGCCUCAGGUAGCUGAAUCGUCGUUAAAGAAUAGCCUCAUGCCAAAUCCGUGAUCAGUAGCCUUCAAAAUUCAAUGAAAAUGGUCUUUCGAAAAAAAUCCCCCAAGAAAUUACGAUAAUGCCAUCCGAAAAUAAAUUCGCCCAAAUCGGUGCUUAAUGGGCUUCAUCAUCAUUGGAGAAUUGGAUCAAUAGACUUCAUUAUAUGUGGAGAAUAGUCUCGGGCUGAAUCCGUGAUCUGUAGCCUCCAAAAUAGAGAGAAAAUGGCAUUUCGGAAAAAUCGCCCGAAAUCUAUGAUGGUACCCCUUUGCAAUCUGCCAAAAAUGGACCCGGAAGGAAUCCGCCCAAAUCGGUCCUUAAUGAACUUAAUCGACGUUGAAGAAUAGCCUCAGGACGAAUCCGUGAUCAGUAGCCUUCAAAAUCCAUGGAAAAUGGUCUUUCGAAAAAAAAUCCCCCAAGAAAUUACGAUAAUGUCAUCCGAAAAUAAAUUCGCUCAAUUCGGUGCUUAAUGGGCUUAAUCAUCCUUGGAGAAUUGGAUCAAUAGACUUCAUUAUAUGCGGAGAAUAGCCUCGGGCUGAAUCCGUGAUCUAUAGCCUCCAAAAUAGAAUGAAAAUGGCAUUUCGGAAAAAUCGCCCGAAAUCUGUGAUGGUACCCCUUUGCAAUCUGCCAAAAAUGGACCCGGAAGAAAUCCACCCAAAUCGGUCCUUAAUGGAUUUAAUCGACGUUGAAGAAUAGCCUCAGGGCGAAUCCGUGAUCAGUAGACUUCAAAAUCCAUGAAAAAUGGCCUUCCGAAAAAAAAAUCUCCCAAGAAAUUACGAUAAUGCCAUCCGAAAAUAAAUUCGCCCAAUUCGGUGCUUAAUGGGCUUCAUCAUCCUUGGAGAAUUGGAUCAAUAGACUUCAUUAUAUGUGGAGAAUAGCCUCGGGCUGAAUCCGUGAUAUGUAGCCUCCAAAAUAUAAAGAAAAUGGCCUUUCGGAAAAAUCGCCUGAAAUCUGUGUUGGUACCCCUUUGCAAUCUGCCAAAAAUGGACCUGACUCGACUCUACUGUAACUCCAGGAAUUGGCCAAGUGUAACCACUUCCUAAAGCGUAGUAUAGCGGGUUUAGGUUUAAUUAUCAACCCGGGUCCUAGAUUUGCUGACUACUCAGUUAGUUCUUGUUAUCUAGCAAUAAAACUGGAGUGCAAGUCUAAACUACCAAACAAACAAAGCAAGUAAACUGGUUGUAUUCGGGUUAAAGAGGUCACCCGAAUAUGGUUCCCCCUAGACUGCAGUUAAGCCAGAUUGUAAUUACCAAGUUCAGUUUCUAUGAUAGUUAUACUGCGGAAGGUUCUUAAACAGCCUGAAGUCUCGACUAAAGGUCUUCAGACCCUCUCAAUCUGACUCUCUAGCGGGCGACUAACCUCCACCGGAGUCGACAGAUUGAGGCCCUAAGAACAAAACCUCCACUACCGGAGUAAAUCCGGUACAGAAUAGUGAGUUGGCUCCUCGACUAAAGUCACCAACUCCCUACCUUCAAUCAAGGAUACUCUAUUAACCUAGGCAGAUAUUCUCAUUCUAGGUCAAAGCAGAAACAAUAGGAAUUUGAUAAGGAUUCAAGUCAUUCAAUCAUUAAAACCUCAAUCGAAUAUAAUCAAUCAUAGAAUCAGUACUUGGGUUCAUACAAUCAAAGCCUAACAUACAAAUCUCCAGAUGAAUGGGAGAACUACUCCAUAGAGAAGAAAGCAAAAGCAGAAUCAGACACGGAAUUCAUACUGCGAAGGAUGGAUUCCUGCUUCUGGACGUUGAUUUGCACUUCUCCAAGCUCAAGCUGGCCUCCAAUGGUGUUGAAGAUCAAUCUAGGGCACUUGGGAACUCUUGCUCGUCACUUUCUCUCUCUAGGAACUGAUCUCUCUCUCAAAAACUCGAAUCCCCUUGAAUUGUGGCUGAAAUUCUGCUUAAAAGGAGAAAAUCCCGACUCACACGGCCAAGGUGGCACGGCCGUGCAGCUCACCCAGUUGCCCGUGUGAGUCAAAACGCAUCGUUUCAUUUAGUUCGAAUUCCAGGCUCUUUGCACGGCCAGAAUGGCACGGCCGUGUGGACAUCCCCUCUUGCCCGUGUUUGCUCUCGCAGAAUGUGGCACGGCCAACCCGGCCACUUGCACGGCCGUGUCGAUCCUCUGCUCUGCCCGUGUCUGCUCUCGGCGAAACUCGCACGGCCAGGCCAUUCCUUCACACGGCCGUGUGAACAUCAGGGCAGCCCGUGUGACCUCCUUUGCGACUUGCCUCGCGCCCGAACUUCGCCCGAUCGACCCCGAACUCGCUCCUAAACCUUCAUUCACUUGCCAAGACCUGAAAUAUCACAAACAAGCACAACCUAGCGUGAAAUCGGUCUAAAACACGAGAAACCACCUCUCAAACGGUGUAAGAACAGGGGUGAAAACAUGUGUAACUAACGGUCUAUCAGGACCCGAAAGAAUCCGUCGAAAUUAAUAGCCUCAGGUAGCUGAAUCGUCGUUAAAGAAUAGCCUCAGGCCAAAUCCGGGAUCAGUAGCCUUCAAAAUUCAAUGAAAAUGGUCUUUCGAAAAAUAGCCCCCAAGAAAUUACGAUAAUGCCAUCCGAAAAUAAAUUCGCCCAAAUCGGUGCUUAAUGGGCUUCAUCAUCCUUGGAGAAUUGGAUCAAUAGACUUCAUUAUAUGUGGAGAAUAGUCUCGGGCUGAAUAUGUGAUCUGUAGCCUCCAAAAUAGAGAGAAAAUGGCAUUUCGGAAAAAUCGCCCGAAAUCUGUGAUGGUACCCCUUUGCAAUCUACCAAAAAUGGACCCGGAAGGAAUCCGCCCAAAUCGGUCCUUAAUGGACUAAAUCGACGUUGAAGAAUAGCCUCAGGCCGAAUCCGUGAUCAGUAGCCUUCAAAAUCCAUGGAAAAUGGCCUUUCGAAAAAAAAUCCCCCAAGAAAUUACGAUAAUGCCAUCCGAAAAUAAAUUCGCCCAAUUCGGUGCUUAAUGGGCUUCAUCAUCCUUGGAGAAUUUGAUCAAUAGACUUCAUUAUAUGUGGAAAAUAGCCUCGGGCUGAAUCCGUGUAUGUAGCCUCCAAAAUAGAGAGAAAAUGGCAUUUCGGAAAAAUCGCCUGAAAUCUGUGAUGGUACCCCUUUGCAAUCUGCCAAAAAUGGACCCGAAAGGAAUCUGCCCAAAUCGGUCCUUAAUGGACUUAAUCGACGUUGAAGAAUAGCCUCAGGCAGAAUCCGUGAUCUGUAGCCUACAAAAUCCAUGGAAAAUGGCCUUUCGAAACUAUAAUCCCCCAAGAAAUUACGAUCAUGCCAUCCGAAAAUAAAUUCGCCCAAUUCGGUGCUUAAUGGGCUUCAUCAUCCUUGGAGAAUUGGAUCAAUAGACUUCAUUAUAUGUGGAGAAUAGCCUCGGGCUGAAUCCGUGAUCUGUAGCCUCCAAAAUAGAGAGAAAAUGGCAUUUCGGAAAAAUCGCCAGAAAUCUGUGAUGGUACCCCUUUGCAAUCUGCCAAAAAUGGACCCGGAAGGAAUCCGCCCAAAUCUAUCCUUAAUGGACUUAAUCGACGUUGAAAAAUAGCCUCAGGCCGAAUCCGAGAUCUGUAGCCUUCAAUAUCCAUGGAAAAUGGCAUUUCGAAACUAUAAUCCCCCAAGAAAUUACGAUCAAGCCAUCCGAAAAUAAAUUCGCCCAAUUCGGUGCUUAAUGGGCUUCAUCAUCCUUGGAGAAUUGGAUCAAUAGACUUCAUUAUAUGUGGAGAAUAGCCUCGGGCUGAAUCCGUGAUCUGUAGCCUCCAAAAUAGAGAGAAAAUGGCAUUUCGAAAAAAUCGCCCGAAAUCUGUGAUGGUACCCCUUUGCAAUCUGCCAAAAAUGGACCCGGACGGAAUCCGCCCAAAUCGUUCCUUAAUGGAUUUAAUCGACGUUGAAGAAUAGCCUCAGGCCGAAUCCGUGAUCAGUAGCCUUCAAAAUCCUUGGAAAAUGGCCUUUCGAAAAAAAAUCCCCCAAGAAAUUACGAUAAUGCCAUCCGAAAAUAAAUUCGCCCAAUUCGGUGCUUAAUGGGCUUCAUCAUCCUUGGAGAAUUGGAUCAAUAGGCUUCAUUAUAUGUGGAGAAUAGCCUCGGGCUGAAUCCGUGAUCUGUAGCCUCCAAAAUAGAGAGAAAAUGGCAUUUCGGAAAAAUCGCCCGAAAUCUGUGAUGGUACCCUUUUGCAACCUCCCAAAAAUGGACCCGGAAGGAAUCCACCCAAAUCGGUCCUUAAUGGACUUAAUCGACGUUGAAAAAUAGCCUCAGGCGGAAUCCGUUAUCUGUAGCCUACAAAAUCCAUGGAAAAUGGUCUUUCGAAACUAUAAUCCCCCAAGAAAUUACGAUCAUGCCA